AUGACGACCUACAAUCACGAUCGGACCAGUGGUGCACCAGUACAGCUCAAUUUAGCUUCUUCGAACCAAGACCCCGAGAAAGCUCAUGACGAUGCCGGUUCACCAAAGCCGCGAGGACGUUCACCGCCAGGUUCAUUUCCUUUUCACUUAAAGAACCCAGGACAUGCAUCACCAGCAUCAUCCACUACAGGACCUGGUAGUGACUUCGGACCUCUUUCUCCAGAUGUCGCAGAUCUAGUAUAUCCUAUCAAAUCAGUUGUCAACGUAUCGCACCCGGUACAGGUACAACCCAGGCCCACAUCUCCGAGUAACUUCUGGGGUUCAAACGAUAGCACAACGGGGUCCGUUGGUGGUGGAGUGCCACUUGGAGAUGAGGCAUCCCUUGGUCAUGGCCUAUAUAGCAGGAGUCAUUCAAAGUCUCCCCGAGGGUUUUCGAUGCAUAGACGACCCUCAGUCGUCUCAAUCAAGGAUCUAGGUGAUGGAGGAUCAGAUAGAAAACGUUCUAUGGGGUCUAUAGCACAUAACUUGACUGUGAAUGGUGAGGAGGACGAGGAUGAUGAUUACGAAGAGCCGAGGAGUGGCGGAAUGUUUUUUGGUGGUAGAGGAGAUCGAUUAUCAGAGAAGAUCGAGGAAGAAACCUUUAUCACUGCUAGAUUCAAGCACAAAAUGACAAAAGAUGGCCAUGCAAUUGUUACUGGGGUUUCUGGGGCUGAGACUUUACAACGAUGUGAGGAUGAGCCUAUUCAUAUCCCCGGAGCCGUCCAGGGAUUUGGGGCACUGUUAGCACUGCGGGAGGAUGCCAGUGGCGCACUAGAUGUUAAGAUCGCCAGUGAGAACUCCAAGCUGUUAAUCGGGUACUCACCGGCAGAGCUAUUCGCACUCAGCGACUUUUGCAAUAUUCUGUCCGAGGAACAGGCGGAAAACCUAUAUGAACAUUUAGACUUUGCUCGGGACGACUCUUCUGAUUUACAAAAUUCGGGACCAGAGGUCUUCCCGCUAGUCAUCACAGCACCUGACUCAACAAGAAUAAAAGUCUGGUGUGCAAUCCACAUAACAGACGCUAACCCGGACCUGAUAGUAUGCGAGUUUGAGCUUGAGGAUGAUCAGCUGUUUCCUUUAUUUAACCCGGAAGAUGAAGUGUUCAAUAUUCCAGAGGACACGUUGGGUUCAACUCCAUCGGAGGAAGACUUCUUGGAAAGUACGUUGUGCAUGAGCAGACCACUUCGGGUAUUACGUCGUGCCAGAAAACGGAGAGGUCAAGCUGCAACGAUGGAGGUUUUCAACCUUAUGAGCCAAAUACAGGAUCAACUAUCCUCGGCUACAAGUCUUGAUGCAUUCUUGAAGAUUUCUGUGGGUGUUGUGAAGGAACUUACAGGUUUCCAUCGUGUAAUGAUCUAUCAGUUCGACGAAAGCUGGAAUGGGCGGGUAGUUACUGAACUUGUUGACCCAAGAGCCACAAAGGACCUUUACAAGGGCCUGAAUUUCCCAGCUUCAGAUAUCCCAAAGCAAGCCCGCGAUCUUUACAGGAUCAACAAAGUACGUCUCUUAUAUGACAGGGAUCAAGAGACUGCAAGGCUUGUGUGCAAAAGUAAGGAGUUUCUGGAUAAGCCCUUGGACAUGACUCAUUCUUAUCUCCGAGCCAUGAGCCCGAUACAUUUGAAGUACUUAAAAAAUAUGUCUGUACGAGCAAGUAUGAGCAUCUCUAUCACUGCUUUCGACGAGUUGUGGGGUCUUGUUUCCUGUCAUACUUAUGGGCAGAAGGGGAUGAGAGUGAGCUUCCCCAUUCGAAAAAUGUGCAGACUUAUCGGGGAGACAAUGAGCCGGAAUAUUGAGCGGUUGAGUUAUGCAUCAAGACUCCAAGCACGAAAGUUGAUCAACACAGUUCCGACAGAGCAAAACCCUGGGGGGUAUAUUGUUGCAAGUUCCGACGACCUACUGAAACUUUUCGACGCUGAUUUUGGACUGCUAUCGAUAAGAGAGGAGACUAAAGUUCUCGGUACUUUGCAGCAUUCUCAAGAAGCGUUGGCUUUGGUGGAAUACCUACGCAUACGUCUUUUUACUUCUAUUGUCACUUCCCAAGAUCUCUCCGUGGAUUUUCCAGACCUCAACUAUGCACCAGGGUUCUCUGAAAUUGCCGGGCUGCUAUUGGUACCUUUAAGCAUUGGUGGACAUGACUUUAUUGUAUUUUUCCGGAAAGGGCAAUUAAGGCAAGUAAAUUGGGCUGGAAAUCCGUACGAAAAGACCUUGAGAGAGGGUACCCAAGGGUGCUUGGAGCCAAGGCAAAGCUUUAGGAUUUGGAGCGAAACAGUUGUAGGGAAAAGCAGGGAGUGGACAGAAGAGCAAGUCGAAACGGCGGCCGUUCUAUGCUUGGUCUAUGGGAAGUUUAUCGAGGUUUGGCGACAGAAAGAAGCCGCUUUACAAAAGAGCCAGUUGACAAAAUUAUUAUUGGCCAACGCAUCUCAUGAAGUCCGAACUCCUCUGAAUGCCAUAAUCAAUUACCUUGAGAUUGCUCUUGAGAGCCCUCUCGACCACGAAACUAGAGACAACCUGAUGAGAUCACACACUGCUUCAAAAUCUUUGAUCUAUGUAAUCAAUGAUCUUUUGGACCUCACACGAACAGAGGAAGGACAGGAUCUAGUAAUGGAUGAGAUUUUCGAUCUUUGCAACACGGUCAACGAGGCAACUUCAAUCUUUAAAUCGGAUAUCGAGCGAAAGAAGAUUAGUCUAGACAUUGUCGAAUAUCCCGGCUUACCAAAGUUCGUUAAAGGAGAUCAAUCACGGUUACGCCAGGCUCUUUCCAACAUCACUGGAAACGCGAUUCAGUACACCGAUCAAGGUGGGGUCAAAAUUGAGAUAUGGAUGCCUAGCUCAGACGAUGAUCGAUGCCAAAUUGAAAUUGCUAUUCAAGAUACUGGGGCUGGGAUGUCGGCCAAAAAGCUUGAUUUGCUUUUCCGAGAAUUUGAGCAGGUGCAGACAGAGGAGGAUCAGGAGUCAAGUGCCCCUACUGGUAUCGAGGGCAUGCCUAAUAAGCCUCGCGUUGACCAAACUCUGGAUGGGCUUUCAAAGAUUCCGGGGCAGAAGAUGUUGGGGCUUGGAUUAGCGGUAGUUGCCAGAACAAUUAGGAAUAUGAAUGGACAGCUGAGAUUAAAAUCUGAGGAGGGAAAAGGCUCUCGUUUCACGAUAAGCCUUCCAUUCACACUGCCCUCCGAGAAGGAAGAGGUUGAGUUCGGUUCUCAACCAAUGUCUAUUAGAGAUUCAUCGCCGCAACCCCAAUGUGCAACGCCGCCGUUAUUAGAUCAGGACUCAAAUGAGUUAUUGUUGAUAGAUUCGUCACCUCAAAAGCAACCCUCUACGAGUAUGGAAAGAAAAAACAGCAUGGGCAGCAUGAAAAGUUUGGGCUCCCAGAGCAGUGAGCGCAGUGAGAUUGACAGGCUGGUUCACGCAAUAUCGGCCCCACCCUUUAACACGAGUCCAAACGAAACCCCUAUUUCAUAUCGGCCAUCGACGGCUAGAUCUCUACCAUCAUCAAAACCAGUUACCGCAGGGCCGAAGAGCCCACCGAGCCCAUCCCCACCAGGCGCACCAAACCUUCCAAGAAUAUCACUACAAUCUCAACCCGGUCAAGAGGCUGUAGAGGGAUCGGCAGUACCAAUAAGAGCGGUGCGGAUACCAGAUGAAGUACCAUUAAUCCCUAGCAGCGAUUCUGCUCUCGAUACACCAGUGGUUCAGUCAUCUGCACGAAUCCUGAAGAAAAAGGAGCCCGUGAAAGACAGUCCAGUGAAGGACGGUCUAAUGAAAGACGGUCUAGUGAAAGACGGCCCAGUGAAAGACGGUCCAGUGAAGUUCAAGGUUCUAGUUGCGGAGGACGACCCUAUAAAUAGCAAAAUCAUCAGAAAGCGCAUGGAAAAGCUUGGACACGAAGUUUGCCUUACAGUUAAUGGAGCCGAAUGUGCGGAUACAUUCACGAAAACGGGAGAAGACUAUGAUAUUGUCUUGAUGGAUAUGCAGAUGCCCAUCAUGGAUGGAGGAACUUCCACUACUCGAAUACGUUCCCACGAAGUAUCGGAUACAACGCGCGGUAUCCCGCCAAAGCAUUUGCUCAAUGGUCGUGUUCCGAUAUUUGCAGUUUCUGCCUCGCUGGUCGAAGAGAGACGCAAGGAAUAUAUGGAGCUCGGGUUUGAUGGGUGGAUAUUAAAACCCGUGGACUUCAAGCGAUUGCAGAUUUUGAUGGAAGGAAUCCUGGACUCGGAUGCGAGGCAAGGUGCUGCAUAUCAACCGGGGGCAUGGGAGCGUGGAGGUUGGUUUUUAGGAUCACCAGAAGAAGCGGGGAGCUCAACUCCCCGGUCGGAAGAUGCUACAUCCCCAUAA